GGCCUCUGGCGCCCAAGCAUGGCGCGUCUCUCGUGGCUUGUUCUGCUGGCAGCCACCGCCUCGUGCCGAUGGUCGUCUUCGCGCAAGCACUCGACGGGAAACGGCUGCGGGUUUCAGAGCUGCCCAGCGUUGUCCAAUGACCACCUGAACGUGCACAUCAUUUGCCACAGCCACCUGGACGCCGGUUGGUUGGAUACCGUCGGCAAUAUCUUCACGUCUAAUGUGCAGCACAUUUACACGUCUGUGCGGGACAGCCUGAUGAAGUACCCGCAGCGCAGGUUCGUCAGCGCCGAAAACGUCUUCUUCAGCCGCUGGCUCAGAAUGCAGACGAACCACCAGGCGAUGGAGUCCGUCCACGAGCUCGUCCGAGCAGGCAGGCUUCAGUUUGUAGGCGGCGGGUGGACACAAAACGACGAAGCUGUCACGCACUACACGGCCAUCGUUGACCAAAUGACGAUGGGACUGCGCUUCCUGAACUACACGUUCGGCGAAUGUGGGAACGUCAAGGUGGCCUGGCAGAUCGACCCCUUCGGACACUCGAAGGCAUUCGCCGCGCUAGUCUCGGAGAUGGGCUACGACUGUCUGGUGGUGAGCAGAGUACAUCAUGCGCUAUCAAAUCACUGGCGGGACACCAAGAGACUCGAGUUUGUCUGGAAGCCACAGGCGGAGAUCGGCUCCAGCCACGACAUGUUCACCAUGAUAAUGUACAGGGGCACCUACACUGUACCGUCAGAGUUCUGCGUCCAGGACUACUACUGCUCCGUGUACGACAGCCAGUCUGGCGUCGUUCAAAUGGCGGAGGAUAUACUGAAGCUGGUCUUCAAGCAGAGCGCGGCCUAUGCGACCAACAACAUCGCCAUCUACAUCGGCGGUGACUUGGCCUUCCAGAACGCGGAUCGCUGGUUCAACCAGGUGGACGCCAGCAUCAAGGCCGUCAAUUACGUGGCCCGCAAGAAGGGCCACCGUGUGCGCGCCACGUACUCGACGCCGCUGUGCUACCUGGGGGCGCUGCACGCGUCCAACCGGUCGUGGCCCGUGUACCGCGGGGACCUGCUUCCGUACGUGGACACACCGGGCCGCACGUGGGUCGGAUUCUACUCGAGUCGACCCAAUCUGAAGGAGUACGCCCGCUACGCCAACGGAUUCCUGCAGGCUUGCAAGCAGCUCGCUGUCCUAGGUGGAAUGAAGGACGUUGCCCAGACGAUGAGGCUCAAGGACGCCGUGGCCAUUAUGCAGCACCAUGAUGCCAUCACGGGAACCUCCAAGGCGGCCGUUGCACAAGACUACGCAAAGCUGCUUUCCGCAGGCAUUGCCCAAUGCGAGGCGGUGAUGAGCCGCGCCGUGAACCAGCUGAUGGAUGCGAGCGGUGCAGCGGGCGAUCUGCCGUGGCGCUUCUGCCACGCGCUGAACGUGAGCGAGUGCGUCCACUCGGCCAAGCUCGACCUGACCGAGACGGACGGCGAGUUCACGCUGCUGCUGUACAACCCUUCGUCGACGGCCCUGAGCACGUACGCCCGGCUGCCCGUGGCCACCGGCCUCUCGUUCACCGUCCAAGGACCGCAAGGGGACGAGGUCGACACUCAGGCAGUACCUCUCAUCAUGACCCUGCUGAACAUCCCCGAGCGCAACAGCGCCACCAAGACUGAGCUCACCUUUCCCGUCGAGUUGCCGCCGCUAGGAUAUUCGGCGUACCUCGUCACAGCGCAAAAGAAGAAAGAAGAGAUGCAUUUUGCUUCGGCCUCCUUAGAAUUUCUGCUGCUGGAGCCCGAGCAGCGAUUCAUCGAAAACGAGCGCUACCGUCUUGAGCUGGACACCACCAGCGGCCUGGUGCGACGUGUCACCCUACUUGGCCAGGAGAGCGGCGUGUCGCUGCGCCAGUCGUUCUACGCGUACAGCAUGGAGGCCAAGCGGCAGACGUCGGCCACAGCCGGUGGAGCGUACUCCUUUGACCCGGACACAAAUCGGCCCGUGGAUCUGGGGAACAAGGUCACCUACCGAGUAGUGCAGGGUCCUUUUGUGACGGAGGUGCACCAGAUUUUCGACCAAUGGUUGUCGCAGGUGAUCCGCCUUUAUAAGAACAGCCAAUUCAUCGAGUUUGAGUGGAUCGUCGGACCGCUACCGAGCGGGGCGAGCACGGACGUGACGACGCGUUACGAGACGUCUUUGGACAACGACGGCGUCUUCUUCACCGAUUCCAACGGAAUGUUCACCGUCGCACGCAGAGUGAAUGACUCUUUGGAUCCCGCGUCGGUGGCCUCCAGCUACUAUCCGGUCGUUUCAUGGAUCUACAUAAAGAACCACGCUGAGGAGCUGCAGAUGACGGUGAUUCCGGACCGUCCUCAGGGCGGCACCAGCUUCGUCCAGGGCACCAUUGAGCUUAUGCUACACAGGCGGUACUUCAUAGACGACGAUCUGGGCGUGGAUGAGCCCCUGAACGAUCGCGGAGUCAACGACGAGGGCAUCGUCGUCAAGGGACGGCACAGGCUGCAUCUGGGAACACCUAAGGAGGCAGCGGACCUGAUGCGAAGAGCAGCGCUGCAGGAAGUCUACCGGCCCGUCUACAUGUUCUACCCUUCGCCUCUUCCGGCUAACGCCAGAAAACAGCAUUCGGAGUUGCGCGUAGCCCUGCCUCCUGGCGGCCACCUGAUGACCCUGGAAGGCACCGAGGACAACCGGACUCUGGUGCGCAUCGAGAACAUCCACCAGGACCUCACCAUCAACGUGUCCAUCACGCACCUGCUGCACUCAUUCCUGCUCCUAGAUGCCCGCGAGACGGUGCUGUCGGCACAUCAGUACCGCAGCGAGGUGCAGCGGCGUCCAUGGCCACAAACAGAAGGGAAGUACGUGGCUCCCGACGAGUCCGCCUACCUCAUGCUGCAGGUGCACGGGAACAUGCUGGUCAACAUUCAGCCGGGACAGAUCCGCACAUUUCUGGCGGCACUCAAAGCGUUUAGCCUACCGCCAGCCUCCAGGGCGCGCCAGUGAGAACCAUAUAGCUGAUUAAGUCAACAAUGACAUUGGGGAGUUAUUCAACAGACUGCGGUCAAGCGUAACAGUUGGAAAGAACCGUUUUGAAUUCCAUUCAAUCAUUUGCAGUGGCUAGCAUGUUACAGUUAUUACUGGCAGAGAUGUACUUUUCCUUUGUUCCAAUGGGGAAAGGGGCUGUCAACAACACUGUGCCACCCAGGGGGAUGGGGAUGCUGGAAGCCAAACUGUGCAUUGAGGGAGGCACACAAAAUAAAUCCGUCACUGUUGUGAUCAAAACUUGGAAGUUCUUGAAAAUUUGUAAGUGCCCCCUUG